AUGCUAGCCGAUCCAUCGCCGCAUUUUAUAACCCAAGCGGAUUUUGAUGAUCUCGUGCGUGACACAAAUAUUUCGCAAAGAAGUGCUGAAGUAUUAGGUUCCCGAUUACAACAGUGCAAAUUGGUUUCUGAAGAUUUUCGGCUUGAUCUUAUCGAAAUGUGUUUGAAGGGUGUCAUCAACGGGAUUUCUGUGUUAUUAAUUUUGAUUGUAAAUAAUCACAGUUUUAAAGCAUACAAACUAAAUGAUCCUCCGCCAAUAUGUUCAGCUUACGAAAUGUUAAUUGUGAAUACCAAACAAUGUGUUUCUCGUUGUCCCAUACGUUGUAUCGGGGAAGUGUGUUUCGAAGACGGAGAAUGUCCCUGUGAAAAUUCAUAUAUGACAUCAUUUGGAGUUGGCCUGGUUUGCGGGAAAACUUGUUUGCCUGGGUGUAUACAAGCUGGUGGUUACUGUGCAACAACACAAAUAUGUGUGUGCUCCCAAAAAGGAUCGUAUUUUGAUCCCGUUUCAAGAAAAUGUAAAAAGUAUUCAUUAUUUAAAGACAAAUGUGGAGGGAGAUGUCUUUAUGGCAAAUGUGCAUAUGAUGGCGACUGUACUUGUUUUGAAGGAUUCAAGUAUAAUAAUAAUUUAUUUGGUCAAUUGUGUAGUCCAGUUUGCAAACAAGAUUGUGGACGAAAAGGGUUCUGCUUCCUACCGAACAUGUGUGCCUGCCGUAAAAAGCAUUAUCACUACCAAUCGGAUGGCUUGUGCCACAAAGAUGAUGAUUACAUUUUUUAAUAGAAA